CAUCCAUCUGUUAGUGCGGGGAGUUGUUUUCAAUGCGGUGCAUUUUACAUCAGCGCUAGAACAGAGCUCAGUUGUUCAAAACACCUGUAUUACCAAUGUUUAAAGUGUCUAAAAUCUCUUAUAAGAAUCAAUAAUCCUAAAAGAUAACCACGCGUCUCUAUUUUGAAGCCAGCGAAAAGAAGAUUUGAAAAUUAAUAUUCCGAUUUGAAAACCCGUAUGUUUUCUUUUGCAAUGGACAGCGUUUGAGAGAGACAGCUGAAGAUCGUGUUGAGUGAUAUCUGCGGUCGAGAAGAGGAGCUGAGCGAGUCCCUUAUCGAGCCACCACACGCACGCACACACGCCCGCUCGCGCUCUUCCACACACACGCGCUCAAAUCUCGCCACAGCGCGCACAGACGCUCAUCCACUUUACCGCUAUAGGCAUUGUUACAUUUUAUCCACGUCUAUAAUCGCGAUUUGAACCACAAUGGAAGAGAACAUGGAAGAGGGACAGACACAGAAAGGGUGUUCUGAAUGCUGCCUCAAAUGCCUGAGUGGGAUACCCUACGCCUCCCUGAUCGCGACCAUCCUGCUGUAUGCUGGGGUGGCGCUCUUCUGUGGCUGUGGUCAUGAGGCUCUCUCUGGGACCGUCACCAUCCUGCAGACCUACUUCGAUGUUGUCCGGUCGCCUGUCGAUGCCCUGGAUGUCUUUACCAUGAUUGACAUCUUAAAGUAUGUGAUCUAUGGAGUGGCAGCAGCCUUUUUUGUCUAUGGUAUUCUGCUGAUGGUGGAGGGAUUUUUCACCACUGGGGCCAUCCGGGACCUUUAUGGGGACUUUAAGAUCACCACCUGUGGGCGCUGUGUCAGUGCUUGGUUCAUCAUGCUUACUUAUAUCUUCAUGUUGGCUUGGCUGGGCGUUACAGCCUUCACCUCUCUGCCAGUCUUCAUGUAUUUCAACAUCUGGAAUAUCUGUCAGAACAUCUCUCGGGUGGAUAGUAGCCUGGAAAGUUGCUUCGACCUGCGUCAGUUUGGAAUUGUGUCCAUUGGUGAGGAGAAAAAACUGUGCACUGGUUCUGAGAACUUCAUCAAGAUGUGUGAAUCUAAUGAGCUGGAUCUGACAUUCCACUUGUUUGUCUGCGCACUUGCGGGGGCUGGAGCUGCCGUUAUCGCCAUGGUGCACUACCUGAUGGUGCUGUCGGCUAACUGGGCUUACGUGAAGGACGCCUGCCGGAUGCAGAAAUACGAGGAUAUCAAGUCCAAGGAGGAGCAGGAGCUUCAUGAUAUCCACUCAACUCGCUCUAAAGAGCGUCUGAACGCAUACACAUAAAGCACGCGGUCAUGCGCACACAUAUAAAUAUGUAUACACACACAUACACAAGCAUGCCCUUCCCCUCCCUGAAGACACAUAUAUAAACUAAACUUAACUGAGUCUACUUUCCAUGGGUUCCAGGGGUGAGGAGUGGGAUGGGAUGGGAUUGGGGAGGCAAAUAACUGUAACACUUGCUACGUACGGGUGUGACCCAGAAUGUUGGUCUAGGGGCGUGCUUAUCGUCUCAAUGGCAACGUCUCUGACUACCCAGGAUUUAGAUUUAGUUUCUUUGUCCUUUCAUUUCUCCUCUACCUCCCUUUUCUGUUGACGUGUUUGAAAGCACAUUCUGAUAAACACACCAAGCUGAGUGACUUCUCUUUUGUACCACAUACUUUUAAGUCUCAUUGGGUCUUGUUAGGGGUUUUGGGUUUAGCCAAAGGGAUUACAGCACACUUUUCACAUUUUUGUAUUACUCACCAAUGAUUUACGUUCUUCAAGCUCACCCUAUAAAUGGCUAGUCAUGAUUUAGAUUCACCGAUUUUUUUUUUUUUUUUUUUUUUAGACUUUUUAAAAACCAAAAUGUGACCAAACUUGUAACUUAUGAUUUACAGGUUAAAUCGCUCAGGCUGCCACACUUACAGCAGCAACAGCACAAAAAUGUACAGAUUCUUUUCCAACAAAUUCAGUUUUUGGAGUGCCAGGGAUUUCAAAAAGUACCUUAAAGUGACUUUUACUGCUAUAUUGUAGCUUGGCCUAACUGUAUAUGCUAGCUGUGUGCAGUAUUGAUGGAAGGUGUGACACUGGUGCUUAGUAACUGUUUCUUAAGCUUCGACAAAGAUGGCUGCUGACUGGGAAAGAAGGACCGUGAAAGAACAUCUCAAAUCAGCUAGAGUGGUCACAUAGGAUUUGCCUUGGGAGACUCUAUGGAUUCGUUUUCUCUCAUCCAUUGCAAGCCAUAAACUCACAUGCGAAUAAUAUUUUCAGGUGUUUUAUUGCUUAGUUUUAGCUUUAACUUUUUAAAUGCAAGAAAUCAAACAAAAACAGUUUUUUGGUCAUUCCUCUGAACUGUAUAUAUCUCUUUUAAGUGUAUACACAUUUCAUGUCAGUUUUUAAAACACAUCUUGCCAGUCAGUGUUACAGUAGGUGAUAUUCUUGAGAUCGUCGUUCAUAUCGGAGAAGUAUAAAUCUAAAUGGAAAAGUUGAUUGCAACAACUCUGCCAAACACUGUGGAAUGUGGAAUAAACAAGGUAGUUAUGUAACAUUCAAACACUUCGAAUAAGAACUAGAAAGAUAUGGAUGUACAGGCAUGUAUUUCGCCAAACUCAGUGUUUUGGCUCGGUCUUGCCAUCUUCAGUUGCCCUACUUUUGCAGUAAAGUACUUUUGUCAGUGUCUCAAAAAACAAAACUCAAAAAAAAAAAAAAAAAAAAAAAGCUAGUUUUUGUGCACUUAUGGACCAUUGUGAGUUUUUUGGUGUAAGUGCAUUUGGAAUCAGCGCUGAGUCCCUGUACUCAUACUAGUCAUGCAGCUUUUUUAAAACCACAAAAGAAACUUGUAUUAGGUAAAAACCGUGAAUCUAGUUGUUAUUUGUGGCAUGGUUAUGCAUCUAAUGGUAAUAGUUUUAACUAACUCAAAAAAAAGAAGAAAAAAAAAAGAUCCUUUAUUUUGAUUUUUACACUUAUGACUGUCUUGCUGGGAUCAACUAUAUUUUUUCUAAAUGUGCAGUAUUACAGUUGCUACGCUAACAAUAUUAAGCUAAAUAUCUUAUUAGGUUGUAGUGUUUGAGUUUUGUCCUUUCUAGUUCGUGAUGAUUUUCCAAACCAUGUCUUAAACCUAUACUUGUUAUGAUGUUGCGUAUCCAGUAUUAUCCUGACAUUGCUUUCAGCUUUAUCCACAUACUGUACUAGUUUUUUUGUACUUUCACUGAGAAUGCUUUGUAGCAGGCAGUAAAAUUAACUGGUUUUGUACAUAAAUGUGCCAACAGCUUGACAGUGGCUUUUUUUUUCUUUUCGAACUGUAGAAACAAACUUGCUUGCGUAAAUAAAGACACUUGUGUACUUGUUUUAA